AUGAAGGUAGUCAUAGUACCGUUAAAGGCCGCCACUCUUCUUAAUCCGAAUUGUUUACUUAGACCUGCGACUUUUUUAACCCGUUACUAUGCUACUCAAACUCCUAGGGGUGGAAACUCCACAGUUCUGUCAUCGGUGUACACAAUUCCCAAUAUGCUUACCAUGACGCGAAUAGCAGUCGCUCCACUUAUCGGUCACUAUAUCAUAUCAAAUAAUGUUACCCCGGCACUUUGCUUGUUCACCUACUCAUGCGUAACAGAUUUUCUUGACGGUUACCUAGCGAGAACAUUCAAAAUGAAAUCAGUAGCGGGAACAAUUUUAGAUCCUAUGGCAGACAAACUUCUGAUGUUAGUUACAACUGCUUCGCUUUCAUAUCCAGGUGGCCCGCAAGUGAUUCCACCUUUACUGGCGGGAUUGAUUAUUGGCAGAGAUUUUUUACUAGCCCUCAGUGCCGUAUAUUUUCGAUUUACCUCCAUGAAGCACGCGUACGGAAGAGUAACAUGGAGCACAUUCUGGGAUUUUUUUCACUAUCCUAGUGCAGAAGUUAGACCUACUCGCAUAUCAAAAUGGAACACUUUUCUCCAAAUGGUCUACCUAGGGUGGGGUUUCGGCUUUCUUUUAAUAAAAUCUACUGGCGAGGAACAAGAUGAGAAAGAAUCUCAGAGCCCCUUUCACGAGUCAUUUAGAUGGAUGGGAUAUUUAGUAGGUGCCACCACGGUCCUAAGUGGGUUCUCGUAUGUAUUCAGCAAAAAUGCUGUAAGGUUUUUAAGGAAAAUUAAAUAG